AUGCUGUCUGGUGCAAACCCAACACCUCUCAUCACCUCGAACAACAUCCCCACAGUGAAGCAUGCUGGUGGUAGCAUCUUCAAAGAGCCAUUGGAGCUGAGUCGGGGAGAUGGGGUGGAGGUUGAUGGAGUUUCAGGGCAGAGAGAAAUGGGGCACCUGGACAGUGGGUUGGGUGUUGGUGAGAAGGGCCUGGGCGUUGGGGAGAGGGGCCGGAGAGGUACGACACGCCCCCCUCGAGACGGUGAGGUCCCUGGGGUUGAUUACAACUUUAUGUCCAUAGAGGACUUCCUAAAUCUUGAGCAGUGUGGAACACUACUGGAAAUAGGAACGUAUGAAGGUAACUAUUAUGGGACCCCCAAGCCGCCGAGGCAGCCCGUGGUUGGGACAGUGAUUUUCAGUGAUGCUGUGCUCCUCAACGGCCCCCCAGGCUCCCAGCAGUCAACUCCCAAGCACACCAAGUCCUACAAUGACAUGCAAAACGCCCGAGUAGUGCCUGCUGACUACGAGGAUGACGACCAGGCCACGGAAAUGAACAACAGUUUUACAGGAUCCUUAGUGCGUAGUCUCUUCCCCUCUCCCUUGCUGUGCACAGGUAACUCUAGCGACCAGGACGAGAGCCGCGGCGGUGUUCUUCGGCCAUAUCCCGCGCGCGAGAAUGCUCCGUCCUAUGGUCUGAACAACGUGGUCGCCUCCACCUCGGACAACGGGCAGCAGACACAUGCCCAACCCCAGGCCUCUCCUGAAGACCCCCUGGGACCCCUGCCAGACAACUGGGAGAUGGCCUACACAGAGAAUGGAGAAGUCUACUUUAUAGACCACAACACAAAGACCACAUCGUGGAUCGACCCCCGGUGUCUUGAGAAAACUCUGAAACCUCUGGAAGAGUGUGAGGAUGAUGAGCUGCCUGCAGGAUGGGAGAAGAUAGAUGACCCAGUGUAUGGGGUGUACUACGUAGAUCACAUCAACAGGAAGACCCAGUAUGAGAACCCCAUAGUGGAGGCUAGGCGCAGGAUGCAGCUGGAGCAGCAGCAGCCGCAGCCUCCUGAAGAGUGGAUAGAGGAGCACUCCUCAGCUGGUGCUCCCCUGGCCAACUAUGCCAAUAACCACCUAGAGACGUACCGCGACCCGCAGGUCCUGCCCCCACUGCCCCCUGCUCUGGGAGGGGCCAAACGAGGGAAGCCAUUCUUCACACGGAACCCAGCAGAGCUGAAGGGAACUUUCAUCAACACCAAACUGAAGAAGAGCCGCCGCGGAUUCGGCUUCACCGUAGUUGGGGGCGAUGAGCCGGAUGAGUUCCUGCAGAUCAAGAGUUUAGUCCUGGAUGGUCCUGCUGCUGUGGAUGGGAAGAUGGAGACAGGUGACGUGAUAGUGAGUGUGAACGACACCAUCGUUCUGGGCUACACCCACGCCCAGGUGGUGAAGAUUUUCCAGUCCAUCCCGAUCGGCUCCAUGGUGGACCUGGCCCUGUGCCGCGGCUACCCCCUGCCAUUUGACCCUGACGACCCCAACACCAGCCUGGUGACCUCCGUGGCCAUCCUGGACAAGGAGCCCAUCAUCGUCAAUGGCCAGGAGAGCUACGACUCUCCGUCCAGCCACGGCAGUCAGACCGGAGGGCCUGUUAACGGGAUGAGGGAACCGCGGGCCCACAGUCCCUCGGCAGAGGUGGUGUCCAACGGCUCUCACGGCUACUCCUCCAGCGACGUGGUCACCCUGGCAUCAUCCAUCGCUGGACAACCAGAGCUGAUCACAGUGCACAUGGAGAAAGGCGAUAAGGGCUUUGGAUUCACCAUCGCUGACAGCCUGACGGGAGGGGGUCAGAGGGUGAAGCAGAUCGUGGAUUACCCCCGCUGCAGGGGCCUGAAGGAGUCAGACAUUCUGAUGGAGGUGAACAAGAGGAAUGUCCAGAACAUGAGCCACAACCAGGUGGUGGACCUGCUCAGCAAGUGUCCCAGAGGGAGCGAGGUCACCAUGCUGGUGCAGAGAGGAGUGGUGGCGGCCAAGAGGAGCCCCAAGCUGGUGCAGCAGCUGGAGAGGAAGGACAGUCAGAGCAGCUCCCAGCACAGUGUGUGCAGCCAUCGCAGCACCCACACAGACUCCCCCAGCCACCCCCCCUCCAACAUGCCCAGUGAGGCCAUGGCCCCCCCUCCGGCCGCACCCACUCAGCCGCUGCCUGGCUUGCCUCCGCUGCCCACCCAGGACCCUGGAGAUGGCACCAUGACCCUCCAGAAGAAGCCAGACCCCUUCAAGAUCUGGGCCCAGUCCAGGAGCAUGUAUGAGAGCAGACAGCCAGAUUGCCAGGAGCAGGAGAUUUUCCUGUGGCGGAAGGAUACAGGAUUUGGGUUCCGCAUCCUUGGAGGAAAUGAGCCUGGGGAGCCGAUCUACAUUGGACACAUAGUGAAGUACGGUGCAGCAGAUGAGGACGGACGCCUGCGUUCUGGGGACGAGCUCAUCUGUGUGGACGGCACAGCGGUGGUGGGGAAGUCUCACCAGCUGGUGGUGCAGCUGAUGCAGCAGGCCGCCAAGCAGGGCCACGUCAACCUCACCGUCCGACGCAAGAGCUCUGGAUACGUAGUUUCGAAAGGGGAGGGUGACGUGCCCCCGUCCCCUGCCUCGUCCCACCACAGCAGCACCCAGGCCCCCUCCCUGACGGAGGGCAAGCGGACCCCCCAGGGCAGCCAGAACUCCCUCAACACGGUCAGCUCUGGCAGUGGCUCCACCAGUGGUAUCGGCAGUGGGGGAGGAGGUGGCUCCGGCAGUGCUGUGGUCACCGCAGCCCUGCAGCCCUAUGACGUGGAGAUCCAACGUGGAGAGAAUGAAGGUUUCGGAUUCGUCAUUGUGUCAUCUGUCUCUAGGCCUGAUGCUGGGACUACGUUCGCUGGAAUUGCAUGUGUGGCCAUGCCCCACAAAAUAGGGCGCAUCAUCGAGGGGAGCCCUGCGGACCGCUGUGGGAAGCUGAAGGUGGGCGACCGCAUCUUGUCCGUCAACGGCUGCUCCAUUACCAACAAGUCCCACUCGGACAUCGUCAACCUGAUCAAGGAGGCCGGGAACACAGUCUCUCUGAGGAUCAUUCCUGGUGAUGAGUCCUCCAACGCGUCUCUGUUGACCAACGCUGAGAAGAUUGCCACCAUCACCACUACGCACACACCCCAAACUGCCACGGAGCCUCGGAACAACUCAAAGUCGAAACAGGCUCCUCCUCCACCUCCUCCAACACAAGCUCAGCCCUCACAGGAUGCCGAGUUCUACUCUGUGGAUCUGGAGCGGGACAGUAAAGGCUUUGGGUUCAGCCUGAGAGGAGGACGGGAGUACAACAUGGACCUAUAUGUGUUGAGGCUGGCUGAGGACGGGGCGGCUGGCAGGAAUGGCAAGAUGAGGGUGGGAGAUGAGAUCCUGGAGAUCAACGGCGAGAGCACAAAGAACAUGAAGCACGCACGGGCCAUCGAGCUGAUCAAGAAUGGUGGACGGAGGGCACACCUGGUCCUCAAGAGGGGCGAUGGAUCUGUACCUGAAUAUGACUCCAGCCAUGACGGGCACUCUCCCACACCCGGGGCACAAAACUCUCCGGAAGUGAGAACCCUGCCACCAAACAGCCAAUAUCACACCUCAUCGGAGUCAAGUUAUCCACAAGACCUUCACAAACCAUCACGCCACAAGGAUGCUGCGCAGGACAGAGACAGGGACAGGAUGGAGCACCAGGGCCGGCACUUUAACCCCCACCACCAUCACACCUGGAACAACAAUCACAGCCAUACCACCCCCAGCCAACACUACCCUGAAAACAGCGGCGGCACCAAUAAGAAGAGCCGGGGACGUAAAGUCAACAAGUCAGAGUCAGAGAGCGGCAUCUCAAAACUAUUAAAGACUCUGCGUAAGGACAGCUCUAGGAAGAAGGCUGCAGCGGCAGCUACAGAACGAGAGCGGGAGCUCUCCGCUAGUAGCAGUACUCUAGACCCGAGGUACAGUCGACCACGCCGCGGCUCCCUCGACCGUUCGCCCACCCGUAAACAUAAAGCCUCCCCUGACCGACAGCGGUCCAAGUCCAUGGACCGCAGGGUCGAGCGAGCACACCGAGACCGCACACCCGAAAAGGAGAACGAGGACGGAGGUUUCCUCAGUCAUGCGGCUACUGCUGAACAACCACUCUACGACCGCAGGCUCCUGAGGGAACCACAGACCCCGGGCCGAGCCUACUUAGAGGCCACCACCCCAGAGCGCCUGAACAAAAGGGCUUCCUCCCUGUCUCUUUCCAGGGGGUGGACUCCUGACAGAGGCAGUCUGAAGAACGGCAACCUCCUGAGGGACUCGCCGGUUGAGACGAGGGAGGAGAGGUAUGGGAUGAACGGAACGCCAGUGAGACGGUACAGAUCAGAGAGAGAUUCGUGUCCAGACAGCAGCUAUAGCAGGGAGGAGCUGAACUACUGCAGUACACUGAAGAACAAUGCCUCCACUCACAACCACACAGGCUACAACGCAGCAGGACACAACAACACAGCAGGACACAACAACACAGCAGGAUACAACAACGCAGCAGGACACAACAACGGAGGAGGUCGCGCCCAGAACCAGUUCCCCGUGCCUAUGAGAAGGCUUUACAAAGAGAGCCCCAAGGACCUCAGCAUCUGAGUGGACAGAGCCUGGACCCUGGCCUCUCACCCCUCAACUUGUGUAGGCCACAGUACAUACACUGGACUUGGACUUCUGAGGAGAUUUACUUCCAAUCGCCUGGUUGAUUGAUUCAUUGAUUUGACUACAUGUGAUCCGGGACAAAGAUUCAUACCACAGCAGGAGUACAAUCUUUUUUUUGUUCGUACUGUAUGUUUUGCUUCUGUUCACAUUAUUUUGAGCAUUACGGCAGUUGUUAAUACUGUAGUGAAGGUGUGUGUAUGUGCCUAUCAUAUCACAAAUGGCGAUUUAGCUUUUUUUGGGCAUCUCUAUUUGGAACCUCAGAGGGAACACAUACAGUCGCUGGUGAAAGUCUACACACCGCUUGCACAGACUUCACAUUUUGCUGCCUCGAAAUGUAAUCAAAACAUUUAUUAAAUUAGAUUGGUAGAACAAUUAUCUACAAAACCUACUCCACAUUUUCAAAGUGAAAGAAAAAUUAUAGAACCCCCCCCCCCCUCCAAAAAAUUGUUAUUGAUUCCAUGACUCUUAGCGCAACGCAUAUCCAUUGUUUUUGUCAAAAUUGCUCAAGCUCAGUAAAUGUGGUUGGGAAUCAUUGAUGGCCAGCAAUAUUUCAGGCUUGUUUUGGAUUUUCAAACAAAUUUAAGUCAGCACUGAGACUGGAAAACUCACACUUUACACCUCUUCGAAAGCCCUCCUAGCGGGUCUUUGGUAUUCAAAUGUGUGUAAAUGUCCCGCUGACAAAUAAAACUCUGUCCCAGGGUUAGGUUUUCAGAAAACUACGGCAGGUUUUUACCUGGGCUUUUUUUAUCCUGACAAACUCCCCAAUCCCUGCCCCUGCCAGCCUACCCAUAACAUGAUGCUGCCACCACAAUAAUCAAAAAUACAGAGAGUUUUCCUCUGUGUUGCAUUAGAUUUAAUUCAAAUCAGCAGUUUUUUAUUUAGUCCAAAAAGUGAAUGUAUUUACUGUUUUAUCUUGCAGUAUUAUUUAACAGCCUUGUUGCAAACAUAAUUGAUGAUUUGGUGUGGAUGUUUUUUUUAAAUGAAUUUUUUACCCCUUUUUCGUGGUAUCCAAUUGUUUAGUAGCUACUAUCUUGUCUCAUCGCUACAACUCCCGUACGGGCUCGUGAGAGACAAAGGUUGAAAGUCAUGUGUCAUCUGAUACACAACCCAACCAAGCCGCACUGCUUCUUAACACAGCGCGCAUCCAACCCGGAAGCCAGCCGCACCAAUGUGUCGGAGGAAACACCGUGCACCUGGCAACCUUGGUUAGCGUGCACUGCGUCCAGCCCGCCACAGGAGUCACUGGUACACGAUGAGACAAGGAUAUCCCUACCGGCCAAGCCCUCCCUAACCCGGACGACGCUAUGCCAAUUGUGCGUUGCCCCAUGGACCUCCCGGUCGCAGCCGGUUAUGACAGAGCCUGGGCGCGUACCCAGAGUCUCUGAUGGCACAGCUGGCGCUGCAGUACAGCACCCUUAACCACUGCGCCACCUGGGAGGCCUGGUGUGGAUGUUUUAACACAGGUUUCCUUCUUUUCACUUCAUCAUACAGGCCACUAAUGUGGAGUGAAUGCAAUGUUGUUGAUCCUCUGUAUUUUCAAGUAUUGUGGUGGCAGCAUCAUGUAAUGGGUAUUCUUGUCACUGACAGGAAAUGGGGUUGUCAGGAUCCCCAAAAAUAUAUGAAAGGAGCAAAGCACAAGUCAAAAGUCUGAGAAAAGUCAGCCAUAGUCUUCUGAAAACCUAGAGGUAAUUAGUGCUAGACACACCAGAAUGGCUUUUCAGGAGGUGUUGAGUGAUCCAGUCUUAGUCCUGUCUUAAAUAUUUUUUCAAAUCACAGACAAAGUUUGAAUAUUGCUUUCCACCUAUGAUUCCCAUCCAAAUUUACUGAGCUUGAGCAAUUUUGACAAAAACAAUGGAGCUAUGUUGCCCUAAGAGUUGGUAAAAUCUUAUUCAAAAUUAUUCCGUUUUUAUGUUCUAUAAUAUUUCUUUCACUUAAUAAUUCUUGUGACUCUCAAACCCGGAUCCGGGAGCGUAAUCAUUGCCUCAAACUAAUUAGCAUAACUCAGCAGACAUAAAUCUUCCUAGAAAAUCUUCCUAUUCAUGAAAAUCACAAAUGAAAUAUAUUGAGACACAGCUUAGCCUUUUGUUAAUCACACUGUCAUCUCAGAUCUCAUCUCAUCUCAGCAACAUUUUCACGAAAAUAAGAAAAGCAAUCAAAUUAAAUCAUUUACCUUUGAAGAACUUCGGAUGUUUUCACUCAGGAGACUCCCAGUUAGAUAGCAAAUGUUCCUUUUUUCCAAAAAGAUUAUUUUUGUAGGCGAAAUAGCUCCCGUUUGUUCUUCACUUUUGGCUGAGAAAUCGACCGGAAUUUUUUUCCAAAUUAUCGACAGAAACAUGGCAAACGUUGUUUAGAAUCAAUCCUCAAGGUGUUUUUCACAUAUCUAUUCAAUAAUAUAUCCGUCGGGACAAUUGGUUUCUCAUAAGAAGCGAUUGGAAAAAUGGCUACCUCAGUACUUUACGCAAGAUUUUCUGUGGGAGCCAUCAUGUGACCACUUGCUAAAUGUGGUCCCUUAUGGCUAUUCUUCAACAUAAAUGCGUAAAAAGAUGUCACAAUGCUGCAGACACCUUGGGAAAUACGUAGAAAGCGUAAGCUCAUUCGUAGCCCAUUCACAGCCAUAUAAGGAGUCAUCGGCGUGAAGUGGUUUCAAAAAAUGCGGCACUUCCUGAUUGGAUUUUUAUCUGGGUUUCGCCUGUAACAUCAGUUCUGUUGCACUCACAGACAAUAUCUUUGCAGUUUUGGAAACGUCAGUGUUUUCUAUCCAAAGCUGUCAAUUAUAUGCAUAGUCGAGCAUCUUGUCGUGACAAAAUAUCCCGUUUAAAACGGGAACGUUUUUUAUCCAAAAAUUAAAAUACUGCCCCCUAGUCGCAAAAGGUUAUUAAAAAAUGUUUAGUAGGUUGUGUAGAUCUAUAGAAAAGAAAAUCCAAUGUAAUCCCUUUUUAGAUACAAAUGUUGUUAGCAAAAUGUGACGACUGCCAGAGGUGUGUAGACUUUCACUAGCGACUGAGUGUGUUCCCUCUGAGGUUUCUAACAUGCUCCUUACUGUGGUAACUGGUACUUCAUGGUGGGCUUGUUUUUAAUAUGUUUUUUGAUGUCAUUUUCCACCUCAGAAUUGCUUUAUAAAGCAAACUAUAGCACAAGAUGUUGGUAGUAGUGACAUUUUAUGGACAACUGCAGUGUGCAUACCUAAGUGAAUAUCAUACAAGAGUAAAGGCAAACUCACAUUUUUAUAACCAAUAGUAAUUUUAGAAAUAAUAUAUUUGAAAUCAAACUUUUUGCAUUUGUCCUGCUAUUUAUUUUCAAUUGGCACAUACCACAACGAAGCUUGGUUAAAGCUUAAAAGACCAAGUUAUAUGCCCCAUAACCUGAAAAUAAGAAUCUUUGUUAUCCCUGCUGGAUUUGCUGUAGAAUCGCCAAAGAGGGAAACUAACAUCCAUCUCCUCUUCUCUCAGUCAGAGGUGUCUGAGUAGACUGCCUGUGGUGGAAAUAAAAUUAAACAAAGUUUUGUAUUCCUAUUCAGAGGAAAGUAGAAGCAACAUGUUAACUGACUGGAGCCUGUAACAUGAAGCCUGUUUCACAGUUAUAAGCAACAUGGAGAGGUUGACUAAGAGAGGUCAAAUGGUUUGAAUGUAACCACAGUCCUAGAAUGAAUUGAUCCUAUAUACCGAUGUAGACGUGAGGAAAGCUAAACCACCACAUCUGAUUGGCUUGAAGAUUCAAGAGAAAAUAUUGAUCAACGGCCCACUGAUCCCAUACAGGUGAAAUGGGAGUAAUUCCUCUCUUCCUCUCCCUGUCCAAGGAAAUGAGGUGAUGAUGUAAUCAUGUAAGGUAAGUUGUUGUGAUGGUAACAUAUGGAAAGUUCCGGUACAGAAGUCUCUGCCAUGCUGAGCCAUGCUUUCACACCACUGGAGUAUGACUGCAGCGUUAACCUGGUUUUUCUGUAUAUUUUAUGUUUUAUGUUUCACAAAACAUCUCAAAUGAUAUAGGAAAAACUACAACCAAUGCAUUCUUUUAUCACUGUUUUUCCAUGGUACUGUAAAAAAAAUUGCAAAGAAGAGCAAAAAAAAAGACAUUUGAAGAAGAAUAUAACCUGCCGGCCACCGCCUGCACAGAAUUUUACUAUGUAACUAAUAGGAACCUGUCAAGGAAUAAAUUGCUGCCUUUUUCUUGUACAAAAGAGAAAUUUAUGAGAAACCUCUGCAGUGAGGAAUGUGAUAUUGUGUUUAUAUUUCUGAAAUGGACCUGAUGAUUCAUGGGAAAUAUGUUAAUGUACUCUGAAUCAGGUAUGUAAAGACAUUCUAAAAAUGGACGACUGUAUUUGGUCAAUUAGAAGCUGUUUGUUGGUUUGAAUAUCUCUUGAUGGUUAGCCUGCCUUUGUAUUAUAAAGCACUUGUAUGCAGUCUGUGUCCUUUAAGCAUUAUUUCUUGCAAUGUGCUUCAGACAUAAUGCUAUAUCUGUGUUGAUAAAAGCAGUACAUGCAUAUGGGCCAAUCUUUUUUAUAAAACACUAUGCAUAUAUAAAUACUACAUUGUUCAUAGCUUUAUUUGGCCCAUGAAGCUAUACAUAACAUUAGUUUAAGUACAAGUAAAUGUGGACUUAUCCAGUAAAGCUUAUUUCCUUGAGAGGGAUCACAAUGUAUAUGUAGCUAUCAAAAGAAGUCUGUGAAUGCUAUUUUUAUUAUCAAAUAAAGUUUUCCAUACAAAUUCAAAA